GGCGUGGACAGCACGGAGCAUUCGCUGCAGCGACCCAACAACGACAGUGCGAUCCACGAUGCCCGAAUGGCUGCAAUUGGUGGUCAUCUUAGCGCUAGCUUAUCAAAUCAAAGCAAUGCAUUGCGUCAUCGGUCAGGAGCCGGACCCGGCAUCUCACGGCAGAUACCGUUGGGUAAUCCCAGUCCUGGACCCCUGCAGGUGCACGGAGGUCCAGAUUGGAGGCAUGAAUACCCUAGCUCCCCAUAGGCCGUUUGAGGUUGUCUACUUUGACACUUUUCUACAGAGCAGUAAUCCAGUAGAGAUUCGAAAAUGGUUCAACUGUACAGAUCUGCCGGUCUCAUGUCGUUCCUACAUGGAGUUAGGUCGUUCGCACGGUGACGGAUUCUACAAGAUCAGUCCCCCGUGUGGAAGUCCUACCGAAGAGCCGCUUGAAGUAUGUAAGUAUGCGUCGGAGUUGUUCUCUAGCGCUGAUCAGUAA